AUGAAUUACCUGACCUCACUUGCAGACGUCUCCAUAUCGGAUUCUGUUGAUAAAUGCGUUCGGGCUUUUAAGGAUAUCAUCUCCCUCAGUCAGACCUCAGAUGGUUCAUUCAUCGAAGAGGUGGAUAUUUCAUUGCUGGAAGAUUAUUAUGGCAGAUUCAGAGUAUGGGCUGGGAAUAUUGGGGCACACCAGACUGGCAAAUCAUCACUCGAAUACCGCUUACGUGACGACUCGGAGGUCAGAGAGCAGGUCAUUAAAAUCCUCCAGUCAUUAUUAUCGACCCUGAACACUGCUCGCGAGACUAUUUUGUCCCCAGAACCGGAAGAGCGCGUAGAACAAGUGACGUUUGCCGACGACGAUGAGCCCCAGUUGCGGCGCAUGUUAGGUUUCGCCCUUGAUUCUAUACAUUGCCUAUAUCGGAUGACAAUGCUGAUUCGGAAACCAGCACAAAGUGACUUCAGAAGAGGCAAUUACGCAUCAGAGAUGAAGGCUUUCUAUUCCUUUGAUCUAGAUAAUUUCAGGAACAAAUAUCCACGUGCAGAUGACGGUCUGCUUGAGCGCCUGGCCUCGGCUUCAUGUCGGCGACGAGGCUAUCUGCAUUAUCGCUCCCGUCAUCAUGCCAAGUUGAGCCGCAAUUUGGAGGAUGAUCAUAAACAUUGGCCAGAUGCUCUCUCAUCAACCAUCCCAACGACCGUCCAUAGAAGCGCUCAUAUAGAUGAUGAUGAGGACGAGAUAAAAUCGAUGUCUGCAAUGUCUGAGACUUCAUUCGCGACCACUAUGCUCAGUGAAAGCCACAGUAUCAUGCCUAGGCGCCCAAAACAGGCAUUAGAUGGGCCUUUCGAGUGCCCUUACUGCUAUUGCGUCGUGACAACCGCGACGAUGCAUUCCUGGAUAAAACACAUCUUCGACGACUUAAGACCUUACGUCUGUACUGCCCUCGCUUGUUCGACCCCUGGCAUCACGUACAAUAGAAAACACCAAUGGCAACAUCAUAUGCAAUCGGAACACAGGUCGUCUCAGAAUCCGCAUCAUCAAAGGGGAAUGGCAUGUCCUUUAUGCCAAGAAUCCCAGUGGGAUGGGCUAGAUUGGUUUAGGCAUGUGGCCAAACAUUUGCAAGAAAUCGCCCUGUUUGUACUACGGGACGGCUCUGAAACAAGCGAUGAGAGUGAGCAAUCCACAGGAAUUGUAGAAGAGAAAGAGGAGGGAGACUCUUCAAGUGAGGAUGGACGCAUGAUUAAGACAAGAACAAGUCAAAAAUCUUCACUUCCGAAUCAAUAUGAUGAAGAAGUAUUUGACCGACCCCCAAAACGCCUGCCUACGCCGAAGCUCUCCCCUCUUUGGAUGGACGAAGAGCAUCAUGCGUUUAUUCUUCUUAUUCGAGAGCAUGGUACGGAUUGGAAGACUAUUGCCAAACUCCUUCCCAGGAAAGACGAAAACCUCCUUCGCAACUUUUACCGGCAGGAGGCGAGGAAAGGACAUUACGGCGAGACUUUGAUGAGAAUAGCUCAAGCGGCCGACGGAGCUAAUGGUCGUGCCACUGAGGUUGUGCCUGAAACGUCAGAUCCUUUUUUGAUGUGUCAGGUGCCUGGCUGCGAUCGUCGAUACAGAGACGGUCUGAAGAUGAUGGCGCAUGCUUUCUCAGAACACAGCUCACAUCGUCAAGCUGACUUGUGGAACCUCAACGAAGAGACAGGGCAUUUAAUGUAUAAUGGCGUUGAGACAAAUCGCUUCAAAUCUCACGCAUCUUCGGAUAAGGUCCCAAGUCAUGGUCAGCUCAAUAUAAAUGCAGGCACUUCUUCGGAAAACGCCAAAGUAUCUACGGAUGCUUUUGAGCAAAAGCCACCGCAAAGUGGUUCUUCGGAAUCUCCCACGUUCCCACAUGCGACGCCAGAGGACCGUCUCGGGAUAGCCUUGGAGCCUGCUGAUUCUUCUAGAGAGCAAGAGAGUACCGCUGCCCCGUCAGCGCUUCGCCAGAUCUCGUUGGGUAUCUUAUCUGCUCUAGAGACCCUGUCUGUGCUAGACAGUGAUGGUCAAACCAAUCUACCAUUGCAAGAAGAUCGUGAGAGUUCUUUGCCAGAUAAGGCCUUCUAUUCUUCUUCUGCACCGCCUUCACAACCACCACCUCCACCACCGCCGCCCCCUACUCAUCCACCACCCUUGCCCCCACGAGUUCCAAUCGACCCCUACGAGGAAUCCCUUUGGCUUCACCGCUUAACGCGAGUCAAACGAGAGGAGGUCAACCGCGAAGCGCUAGAUCAAGCAGGGAUCGAAUAUGAGGAUUUUCCUGACUACUGGAAUGUACUACACCCCCUCAACGAACAAGAGAUCGUCCGGCUGAGAGAGAGGACUCGAGAUAUCAGGUGGGCCGAAAAGCGCGAGCUCGACGAGAUGACUGAAGACGAGGAGUGA